AUGAAGCUUCUGGUCUGCACGUUAUUCCUAGCCGCCUUAGUUCUGGCUGAAGAGGACAAGAAGGACGACAGCAAGACAGUGAAGAGAGGAUUGCACGACCUGGGCUUCGGAGGAGGGAGUUUCGGACACGGAGGAGGAAGUUUCGGACACGGAGGAGAGAGUUUCGGACACGGAGGAGGGAGUUUCGGACACGGUGGAGGUGCCUCUUUCGGAGGACACGACGGCUUCAGUCUAGGAGGUCACUCCUUCGGCGGCGGAAGUUUCGGAGGAGGGGAAUCCCACCACGAGAGUCACGUGAAAGCCAUCACCAUCAACGGAAGCUUUGAAUGCCUCGUUGCCGUCUCUCAUGCAUCAGCUACAACAAAGAGUUUAAGCUGGCAUCCAACCGGGACAGAUAGCGUAAAACAACAGAGCGAGGGAUAA